AUGUCUGUAGAGUAUGUAGAUAAUGGCAGCACAGGCAAUGCCAGCGCAGGCAACUCAAGCGCGGGCGGGGAGGAGUACCUUGUGUCACUGGCGGCUCUCAACCUGCUGCGUGGCCACACUGCCUUCUUCGACGCUCUCCUCUCCCGCCGCCCUCUCGCCGGGUCGGAGCGUGAGAGCACGCGCAAGGAGCAGGAGAAGGCGUUGAGGCACGUGGUGUCACUGCCGCCCGUGCCGUGUGGCAAUGAGUUGACUUACGUUGACCUGUCAGAUGCUGACGUGCAGCGAGUGGCACGAGGGGCGGUGGCGAGUGAGAAUGAGAGGCAGCACUCUGCCACUGAUCUCGCUGCUAGAGGGCGCAAUACCACUGUCUACUUCCUUCCUUGCCCUCUCUCCACCCCCCUUUCGCCCCCCACAGGGCAGCACUCUGCCACUGAUCUCGCUGCUAGAGGGCGCAAUACCACUGUCUACUUCCUUCCUUGCCCUCUCUCCACCCCCCUUUCGCCCCCCACAGGGCAGCACUCUGCCACUGAUCUCGCUGCUGGGGGUUUAACGCUGAGGCACAUGCUCAGGCACAUGCUGAGACCUAGUAACACUGUCUGCUUCCUUCCUCGCCCUCUCUCCAACCCUCUCCCCCCUGCAGGGCAGCGCGCUGCUGCAAAUUCCGGUGGUGGAGGCACAGCGCUGCUUUUGAUCUCGGUGCUGGAGGCACAGGUGGUGGUACUAUCAUACAGAUACAGAGAGUACAAUCUCACACUGCUGGCAGCAGAUAACACUACCGGCAUGGCAGCUUAUUAUGUCACGCACGCUCUGGAUAACAGCAUCGACGCCAUGCCUGAUACUUCACAAGGGGGGAAUGCGAGUGGGACGAGGUUGGUGAAUGUGACGGCGUUUGCGGUGGUGCCGGGGACGCAGCGGAAUGCAACAGCGGGGGAGAUGGGCGUGGCGGCAGCAGGGGGGUGUGCCGGGAGGAACGGGAGCAGCAGCAGCGCUGGUGGUGUUGGGAAUGCAGCAGCGGCAGCGUUCAACAGCAAUAGCAGCAGCAACAGCGGCAGCAACAGCAGCAGCAGCAGCAGUAGCAGCAGUGGCAGUGGUGGGGUGGUGCAGUGGGACUUGGCACAGGCCAUGGCAGGGGUGUGUGUGGAUGAGGGGUGGGUGCUCAUCCCCGCUUCCGCCACUGCUGACUCCUCUAAUGCCUCCUCUAAUGCCUCCUCUAAUGCCUCCUCUAAUGCCUCCUCUAAUGCCUCCUCUAAUGCCUCCUCUAAUGCCUCCGUUACCGCCCCCUAUACCGACGCCUACAAUGGUUUCUCCAUGCGCUCUCUCGCUCUCUUUGCCCUGGAUCAAGUCAAUCGAAACAGCAGCCUCCCCUCGAAUGUGACUCUGCUGGAUGUUAUUGUAGCGAGGGCGAAUGUGGUGGAGGGGUCAGGGAUCAACUACAGCGUGACUGUAACAGCAGCGGUGGAUGCAGCACCUGCAGCAACGGCACCUGCAGCAACAGCACCUGCAACAACGGCACCGGCAGUGUUGCUGACAGUGCCUGGAACCAAAGCCAAGGCAGUAGGGGUAGGUGCAGCUGAAGAGGGGCCAAGGAAGCAAGUGGUGGUGGUGAAGGUGGUGGUGUGGCAGGCGGUGCCCUUCACGGCUCACCGCCUGGUUGACUUCUUCCUGUUGGAUGGGGGAGACGGUGAGGGGAGUGGGAAGCAAAAGCAGGAGGGAUUGUUGCUCAUUGACUGUGCUUCCCCACCCCCGGGUCACAUCCUCCUUGCUAACUGCACCACAGUGCCCAAGGCUGGCUAUUCUUCUGUAGUUGCACCGGUGGGAUUUGUAACAUUGCUUCGUGGGCUUGUCUCCCUUGGCCUCGCGGUGGCUCUCUUGUAG